ACACGAAGAAAAGUUGUUAAUGAAUGAAAUCUGUUAUUUUUCUUCUCUCAAAAGACAAUGCAAGAAAUGUUUCUUUGCUCGCCACUGAAGAUUUUUUUCUUUCUCGUAAGAUUAGGAGCAAAUUUGAAAAAUUUUGAGAAAAAAAACCAAAUGGCAAUGGAAGACAAUAAUUACCAGCAGCAUGAGUUACCAUAAGGAUUGAAUUGAAAAGUGCAUUAUUUCUCAAUUUUGUCACUCUUCGUUAACUAACAUUCGCUUAUCGAUCUGUUAUUUUUUUCUAGUCGCUUCACGAUUCUAAGUCAAGAACUAAAAUGAAUACAAAACUCGUCAUGCGAGUUUUCUUUUCUGUGUCAUCAUUUGAGUUUUGUGGGAAAAUUCAUCCUGGCACGACAGGAUGAAAUGAUCAAGUUCUAUUGUGUCUUCCGGUAAUUCUUAUGCAUUAGAGAAAAGGAGCGAAGAGGGUUGAGUCAAUGGCGGAAUAAAUGAUUUGCCUGAUGCGUUUUCUUUUGCGAUAACACUUUGAGAUCCUCCUGGAAAAAAAGAGCGCUGUAGCUGAUUUUUGAGAGACGAAAGAGAUAAAAUGUUGUUUGUGAAACUGUUUUUUGUAAGACAAGUUGCAGAUGUUUAAGUUAUAUUUUGUGAUUGUGAUACAUUGCUGAAGGCAGGACAUUGUAUGACAAGACCGUGAAAGAGAUUGAAAGGAGAUAAAAAAUGAUGAAUUGUAGAAUUCGGUGGAGUUUUAAUGUGCAAAUACAGCCUUUUUGUUGUAACCGUUUCCGUCUUUUUCAAAUCUACCCGCAUUUCACUUUUUUCUGGUCCUUCCCCUCAAGAUAAGAGGCGUAUUGAAAUCCAUUUUUAUCAGUGUUUUCUACGCGCGACACCUUCGCCGCGCUCUGCAAUCGCUGGAAGUGAGGAGAAUGGUGAGUUCGACGGCGGUGGUGAAUUUGCCGCCAAAGUGGGGAUGAUGGGAACUUUCCCCUCGUCUUGGAUAAACAUUUUGCCCCUUCGCCGCCAUCGAACGCCAGGUGGCGGUAGUCGGCGGCCAUUGAUGUCACAACUUAAUUCGGAGCUCUGGAGUGGAGGAGAAACGUGGAUAAUUUCCAGCUUUAAAUAGUGAAGAAAAGCCUCAGGUGCGGUAAAAGUUUUUAAUCAACUCGCGAAUUUGAUCGUUGACGCGUGCAAAAAUGAGUGUAGUGAGCCGGGAAACGCAAGAAUUUGACAUGAGUGGCAUGAAGCGCAAACAUCGGGAUGACGAGGGCUUCUCUGAGGAGUACCAAACGCCCAAGUUCUACAUAACACUCGCGAAAGAGAGUCCGCGGGAGUGCGUGAGGUCUGACGACGACGCAACAUACGACAGCUUCCAUGGACGUGAAACAGACGUGUGCCGGGACACCAGUGACACGGAGACGAGCGGAGAUGAGACCAUCGCAGUGCUGGAGUACGAAGUGGCCACGGACAGCAGUUCCGAAAACAAUCUCUACUCCGAUGACUCCUCCAGUGGGUCUGAACACGAUGUCGUGAUUGCCGCCCUGACCAGCCUGAUCGAUGACAGCAUCUCCGGGAGUGACUUUGCCAUCUUCGCAGACACCGAGGCGUCCGAUGACAGUGCCACAGAUCCUGAGAUUAACCGCGCCGAUUACUGGGAGUGCGUCAAGUGCAAAAACAAGCAGAACAAUCCGCUGUAUCGCUACUGUGAGAAAUGCUAUCGGACACGGAAAGAUUACUUUCCACCGCGCCCGAAGCGCCGCAGGAAGCGCACGAAGAGGAGGACCAAAGAUCGCCGGAGGAGUCUGCGCGGUGCCAGGAGUUCAUCGGCGUCGGAUGACGAGGCUGACAUGGGCGAGAUCAAGGAUCGGCGCCGUGAGACUGAGCCAGAUGGUAAAGGUAGUGUUAAGGGUCGCAGGUGCCUCGUGAGUCGGCAGGAGUGUGUGGCCAACAGUGCCGGUGAGACGCCAGAGAGCGAUGAGGAGGAGGAGGCGGCGAAGGAUGGCGGCGGGGUCACGAGGUCCGGUGGGGCGGGGGUGAAUUCUAGUCUCGGCGAUCGCAAGAGACGAUCGAGUAGGAGUUCAGUGGACAUCCUGGAGGAUGAGGAGGAUGAUGUGUGCAAGAGGGCGAGAUAUGAGAAUAAGUUCUUCAAGAACGUCUGGGAUAAUGAGCCUGAGGAGUCUGGUGUGCAAUCCUGCGCCUCGAGUCAGGAUCUAUCGUCACUAUCACCCACAACGAUACUGCCGGAAAGCCAAGAGACGGCAAUCUGCGAGGAUUUGGAUCUGGCGCGUGCCAAGGAGCUGAGCGGCAGCAGUAAUCCACUGGAUGAGCCGUGUAUGAUGUGCCUGAAGGAGCCGAAGGACGGUGUCUUCGUGCACAGUAGUUUCCUCCAUCUGUGCUGCUGCUACAAGUGCGCCAAGAAGGCGUGGAAUAAGCACAAGAGAUGCCCCAUUUGCAAUUCUAAGGUCAAGAACGUACUCAGGCUGUUCGUUCACUAGCGCCAUCAUCAGGUUAAUUGGGUGUGUUUCUUUUUGGGGGGUGGGGAGGUGUUUCUGAAUGAAAUAUGAGAAAGAGAGGUGCUGUAGCCCGGGAAUAUAUAUUAGUGGUUUUAAAUAAAAUAAUUGUUGCGGACGUGAAAGAGGAAUUCAGAGAGAGAGAGAAAGAAAGAGAAGAAGAAUGAAGGUGGAAGAACUCGGCGAAAACGACAGUAUGGAUGGAUACGUGUUUAGCGCUAAUUGAAUUGCUUUUAUCGUUCCUUUCUUUCGCUAUAUAACUUCUUCAUUUUUUUCUUCAUCUAACUAACAAACGCUAAAGUCAUAAAAUUUAUGAUUGAAUCAAAAAUGCAAUUUUAAGAAGUUUACAUUAUAUUAGAUAGGUUUGAUAUAAAUGUACAUAUAUACAUAUGUUACUUUAGACAGAAGAGUUAAAAAUUGAAUUGGGUUGGAGUUAUGGAUCUUUGGACCUCGUGACACCUGAAAAUUUAUAAGAAAUAGGUUUUAUGGGCUUGUUUCUAUUCUAAAGAAGAGAAAAAAAAACUUAUAUUUACUACACUGUAAAUCAUGAUUUUACGAUUUAUAACGUUUUUCCAUCACUGGCAAAAAAAUUCCAUUGCUGAAAAAAUCAUCAUAGCAUGCAAAAGAAAAGAUGACGUUAAUGCUGAGAGAGAGAGAGAAAAAAAAUGAACAUUUUCAGGACAGACGAAUAAUAAAAGAAAAUUUCUUUACAGCCUCA